AUGUGCGUGCGAGUGUGGGGGUGUGUGCGUGCGAGUGUGGGGGUGUGCGUGCGAGUGGGGGUGUGCGUGCGAGUGGGGGUGUGCGUGCGAGUGUGGGUGUGCGUGCGAGUGGGGGUGUGCGUGCGAGUGUGGCUGUGCGUGAGCAUGGAGGGCAACGGCGCCAUGCCCAGCCUGCCUUCCGUCCUCGGCUCUAUCACCUCCCUCACUCGCCUGUCAGUCCUCUCUCCUUCCCUCAGUUGUUACACUCCCCUCACCCGUCUGCCUUCCCUCAGUUCUUUCACUCCCCUCACCCGCCUGAGUGCCCCUCCACUCCUCCAUCCAUUGGCCUUACCACCCUCCAUUGCCCCUCCAUCCCUCCAUUGCCCCUCCAUCCCUCCAUUGCCCCUCCAUCCCUCCAUUGCCCCUCCAUCCCUCCAUUGCCCCUCCAUCCCUCCAUUGCCCACCUGCCCCUCCAUUGCCCACCUGCCCCUCCAUUGCCCACCUGCCCCUCCUCCCUUUCUGAAGCGUGAUUCCCCAGUCCUGAUGAACAACAACUUGGCUGGCCCCAUUCCGCCCUUCCUCCCCUCUCCUCUCUUAUUUGUCUUCUCUUCCUUUGCCCAUUGCCCCUCCGCCCCUCCAUGUGCCCUCCGCCCCUCUAUGUGCCCUCCGCCCCUCCAUGUGCCCUCCGCCCCUCCAUGUGCCCUCCGCCCCUCCAUGUGCCCUCCGCCCCUCCAUGUGCCCUCCGCCCCUCCAUGUGCCCUCCGCCCCUCCAUGUGCCCUCCGCCCCUCCAUGUGCCCUCCGCCCCUCCAUGCGCCCUCCGCCCCUCCAUGCGCCCUCCGCCCCUCCAUGCGCCCUCCGCCCCUCCAUGCGCCCUCCGCCCCUCCAUGCGCCCUCCGCCCCUCCAUGUGCCCUCCGCCCCUCCAUGUGCCCUCCGCCCCUCCAUGUGCCCUCCGCCCCUCCAUGUGCCCUCCGCCCCUCCAUGUGCCCUCCGCCCCUCCAUGUGCCCUCCGCCCCUCCAUGUGCCCUCCACCCUGCCUUGGUCGCACAGAGUCUUGAUGAACAACAACUUGGCCGGCCCCAUUCCUGCCUUCCUCUCCGCCCUCACUGCUCUCACACACCUAUCCAUCGGUUCCAGCCAGCUCUCCUCCUCCAUUCCCGCUAAAGUCUCCAAGCUCCAGAAGCUCGCUAUACUACUCCACUUUUUCCCGCCCCUCCCUCAUCCCCCCUUCCUCAUCCCCCCUCCCCCCAUUCUCCCCUUCCCCAGAUCCCUCGGUUCCAACCAGCUCUCGUCCUCCAUUCCUGCGAAACACUCCAAGCUUCCACCUCCCUCCCCCCGUUCUUCCCCACCUCCACUCCCCCACCUCCCUCCCCCCAUUUGUCCCCAUCUUCCCUCACUCCCCCACCUCCCUCCCCCCAUUUUCCCCACCUUCCCUCACUCCCCCACCUCCCUCCCCCCAUUUUCCCCACCUUCCCUCACUCCCCCACCUCCCUCCCCCUAUUUUCCUCACCUUCCCUUACUCCCCCACCUCCCUCCCCCCAUUUUCCCCACCUUCCCUCACUCCCCCACCUCCCUCCCCCCAUUUGUCCCCACCUUCCCUCUCUCCCCCACCUCCCUCCCCCCAUUUUCCCCACCUUCCCUCACUCCCCCCCCUCCCUCCCCCCAUUUUCCCCCUUCUCAGAUCGCUAGCUUCCAACCAGCUGACCUCGUCCAUCCCUGCACGAAUCUCCAGGCUUCAAAAGCUCGUUACACUGUGUGUAAAGGCUUAAUCCAAGAGAAUGUUGUAUUUAGUGUACAAUUACAACACUGCAUUCCUCCUCGCCCCUCUCCCUUCGCCCCUCUCCCUUCGCCCCUCUCCCUUCGCCCCUCUUUCUUCUCCCCUACCCCUCCGCCCCUCUGCCUCCCUCUCUCCCUUCGCCCGCAGUGA